AUGGCAAGAGGAUACGUGGCCUUGGAAGUAGAAGAGAAACGACACAAUGAGGAAGUGUCGCGCGAAACCUUGUCAUCGAGAGAUACUUUCCUCUUCGAAUCUAAGAACCGGAAGCCUGCUGCACGACCUCAUAAUAGGACUGACAACCGCUCGGCCAACGAAAGGAACCCUCGAGGGACAGUAAUGGAAACCAAGUGGCCCCCAAGAAUGCCCACUGACCCCGGCAAGAGGGAUAAGGGGCGAUAUUGCGCCUUUCACGGAGAGCACGGUCACGCAACCUACGAGUGCAGGAAGCUGAAGAUAGAGGUCAACCGUCUGGUGAAAGAAGGAUUCUUCCGGGACUGCCUCGUUUCGGACGCUGCACUUCACAUCCAACGGGGAAGUAACAAAAGCCGGGAUCAGUCCCCUCCACCAUACAUUAAGAAAACCUUAAAUGUAAUCUCGGGAGGGUCAGACCUGAGCGGGAAUUCAGUGCGAGCUUCGAUGGCACACGCCCGAUGGGUCCAAUCGGUAAGGGCUAUGACGGUAUUUGACAGCAACGGCCCUGACGUGCUCUUAUCAUUUAACCAAGGGGAAGCCUCUGAAUUAGAACACCCCCACGAUGACGCUCUUGUCAUCACUCUGGACGUAGCCCAUAUUUUAAUGAAACGCAUGCUCGUCGAUACUGGGAGCUCACCCAACAUUCUAUUUGCCGGAGUUCUGAAAGAAAUGGAAAUCAAAGACUGA